UUCUCGUGGGCACAGAGCCGGUGUGGGAGCCGCCAGUACUAUUUUCGUGCCAGAUUGAAAGCAUCUUCUACUCUCAACUCUAUCCUUCUAGAAAAAACACGCAAGAGAGAAUUUCGGUGAAGUAAAACGUGCUCGGAAAGUGACGGAGAAGUUAGUAUUGAAGUGCGACGAAGGGGGAGGAAGUGAGUGCAGGUUAAACGUGUUUUUUUCCAGGCACAAGAUGGCCGAACAGAAAUGCGAAGUGUGCAGAAAACCCGCCAAACAGUUUUGCUCAUCAUGCAGGGAGGUUUUCUACUGUUCGAGAGACUGCCAGAAACAAGACUGGAAAACACACAAGGCCAAAUGCAAGCCCUUUGUCAUUAAAACACAUCCGGUUUAUGGAAGGUACAUGGUGGCCAGCAGAGACAUCCGCGCAGGUGAGGUGAUUCUGAAGGAGCCCCACUUGGUGAUCGGUCCGAAACAGCGUUCAGCUCCCGUGUGUUUAGGAUGCCACAAGUCGGUCACUGGGUCCUAUAUUUGCAAGGGCUGUAACUUCCCUGUUUGUGCUCCUUCUUGCGAAAUCUCCAAAUACCACAAGGCCGAGUGUCAAGUGCUGGCGCGCGCAACGGGAAAAAUCCGUAUAGAUAACAUGAGCGCCGCCCACCCCGCCUACGAAUGCAUUCUUCCCCUCCGCUGUAUCCUCCUGAAGGAAUCCGAUCCGAAGAAGUGGGAGGAGAUCAGGAAUAUGCAGGAUCACGUGGAGGAUAUAAAGAACACGGAGUUGCACAACGUCAUACAGAGGAACACGGUUGAGUUCUUGAAGCACUACCUCAAAUUCGACGGGGUAGAUAGCGAGGAAGUCUACCGCGUGUGUGGCAUCCUCAUGACCAACAGUUUCGAACUCAAACACCACGGCACGAAAGUACGGGGACUGUAUGCCCAGUCGGCUAUGAUGGCACACGACUGCAUACCCAACACCAAGCAUACCUUUGAGACCGAUUCAACCAUGAUUCUACGAGCUACCAGGGUUAUACCGAAGGGUUCUGCUAUUACGAGCACAUACACGAAUACGUUGUGGAACACGUUGCAGAGAAGGAAGCAGAUUAAGGUCGCCAAGUUCUUCCUGUGCAAUUGCCGCAGGUGUUCCGAUGCAACAGAGCUGGGGACUCACUUAAGCACUUUGGUGUGUAGUCAGUGUGGAGGUGAUGUCGUCUCUACCAAACCCCUGGAUAUGGACGCUUCGUGGGCCUGUACUAAGUGUAACCAGAGCAUCCUUGGCAGAACCGUCUUUUGGGGGAACCAGCAGCUGUACAAAGAACUGCGAGGGUUCGACAGCAGUACCGCCCGCCCGUUGGAACAAUUCCUGGAACAUUACCAAAAGGCACUUCACCCAAGGCACUGGUUUUUCAUGGAAGCAAAAUUCGCCAUCGUGAAAAUGUUCGGAAACCAUCCUAAUUAUAGAUACCGUGAUCUAAGCAGGGAACAAGUGGAGAAGAAAGUGUCAUACUGCCGCGAGCUGCUCGAACUCGCUGACGUCAUCGACCCCGGCCUGAGUCUCUUCCGCGGGACACUCCUCUUCGAACUCCAGGCAGCUCUGGUCGCCCUCGCCAAGAUUCUUCUGUCCAAUGAGAUUAUUACCAAAGAGAAGACACAGGACUACAUGUCAGAAGCCGUAACACUCCUACACGAAGCCUCAGAAAUCCUCAAACACGAGCCAGAGAUGGAGAGCGGAGGACUCGACGCCAAGUUGAAGGCUCUCUCCGACGAACUCGAUCUAUAGAAGUCCCCCCUUUUAUGUAGCGCAGCUCCCUUUGUCCGUUUUCUGUGGCGAUGUAGAUCUUUGUUGCAUAGUGUUGGCACAGUUUAUGUAUGGUGUUUUGUUUCAUUGAUAGAAUAUAAGUUGUUGAAAGCACGAG